AUGAAGGCCGCUCUCAAGCUCGUCUCCGCCCUGUCGGCACUCGCCCUGGUGCAGGCGCAGGAACUCGACAAGCCAGCCCUAAGCGACGACCUCGACUACCUGAAGGAGGGCAACACCAACGCCCUGCCCAUCCGCACGUCUACCAUCUCGCAAUGGCCCGCCGGCUCCCUCCCCAAGGACUGCAAGGACCUCGCCGAGGGUGAGGACAAGUCCGCCGCCGACAUGGAGGUCUACGAGGUCAAAUACUCCGACUGCGGUGACCCCUGGCUCUUCUGCCGCCACAAGGACGUCGAGGUCGACAUCGAAAAGGCCGCCGAGACCUUCUCGCGCGUGCCCCUGCGCAUGCGCGACUGGGUCCGCCAGGUCCUGCUCUUCCCUGGCUCCAACUCGGCCUUUGCCAUCAACGGCAAUGUCGCUUUCAUCGGUACCACCGGUGAGAACGUCGAUGUGAUGCUCCACGAGACCGGGCACGGCGUUGACGGCUUUGCUGCUUUUGGCGAGAACCUGAAAACAGCAAGCGAGGGCUUCCUCGCCGCCUACGACAGCGACACCCACGUCCCCGACAACUACGCCCGCUCCAGCCAGGCCGAGAACGUCGCCCAGAACAUCGUCGUCGCCGUCUACGACUCCAACGUCGACGGCGGCUUCCCCGGCGCCCAGCCCAACUCCGACGCCAUCUCCAACCAGUACGAGUACAUCAAGAAGCUCGGCGGCGAUGCCCUCAAGCCCGCUGGCCCCGAUGAGACCUGCGACCGCCACCUCGAGAACUCCGAGACUGUCCAGCUUGACUCUCGUCUCUCGUCCAGCUCGGUCUCGCCUACUCCUUCGUCGUCUGCCACUCCUUCUUCUUCUGCGACGCCUUCUUCCUCUGCCACUCCUUCGUCGUCUGCUUCGGCCUCGCCUACGCCCAGCACGUCGUCCGCUCAGUCCGUUGUGUUCCGUCGCGCUUACAAGCCCAACUCCGUCUUCCGCCGCGAGUACAAGAACAUUGUCCGUGACUUUGAGCCUUUUGAGUUCCGUGAGACUUUCUAA